UUAUUUUGUAGGGAACGUGGGCUUCAUUACUUUGAGGGCAUUCAAGUUCUCUCUUACCGAUUAAUACUCCAAAAUUCGGCCGGAUUCCUUCAGGCGACGUAGCAGUCUCCGGCGAGAAGAUCAGAGAAUGGAAGCGAAAUUGGACAGUGUGGUAGAAGGAGGAGAAACGAUGAAAGUUGAAUUUGAUGCAUUGGAGAUUGAGUACGUAAGCUAUGGCGGUGAGCAUCACUUACCUCUGAUCAUGAAUCUGGUUGAUCAAGAACUCAGCGAACCCUACUCCAUAUUCACGUAUCGUUAUUUCGUAUACCUCUGGCCCCAACUUUCAUUCCUGGCCUUCCAUAGGGGAAAAUGUGUCGGGACGGUGGUUUGUAAGAUGGGAGAGCAUAGGGGGGCUUUCAGAGGGUACAUUGCCAUGUUGGUUGUCAUCAAGCCCUAUAGAGGAAAAGGCAUCGCUACCGAGCUCGUCACGAGGUCUAUAAAAGCCAUGAUGGAAUCAGGCUGUGAUGAGGUCACAUUAGAAGCUGAAGUUACAAAUAAAGGAGCACUAGCACUCUAUUGUCGUCUCGGGUUUAUCAGGGCAAAACGACUCUUCCAUUAUUACUUGAAUGGAGUUGAUGCAUUUCGUCUAAAGCUAUUAUUUCCACGCAUGGACUCACACCCAUCCUUGCCUUCGAUGGCGAACAGAGCCGAUCAUCAGAGGGAUAACGAUGGUUUAUAAUGUGAACGCUACGGUAUCCAUCUCAACUUGAAACUAAGCUGUGAACACUAUUCACCCUUUUCCUUCUAUAAUUACUUUGUCCACCAUGUGAUGUUGUGCAUUAAAUUUCAUUGUAGCCUCUGAUGUCAGAGCUUUAGAAAGUUGUUUAUGCUGUAAAUUUAGCUAUAUGUGAUCACAGUUUGAACUUGGAAUGAAGUUACGAGCAGUUUUGGGUUA